CCUUAAAUAGAUAUCAUGUACAAUAUUGAUAGUUUAUGUUUUGAUUUGUGUGCUGAAAACUGGAUUAUUAAAAGCAUGGAUUUUAGCAGAUGGUGAUAUACAAUUAGUCAUCAGAGUGAUACAUUGACACCUUAUUGAACGAUGUUAGUUGACAUCGGUUGUGUAAUUGUCCAAUUAGAGUUACAAGUGCGCUGAACUGAAAAUCCAAAAUGGACGCAGUAGAAAUUGAUCCGAAUUUCGAACCUCAGACGAGGAUUCGCUCGCAUACAUGGCACGGGCGACCAGUGGAACCCGAGCUAGUUGCGGACCACCAGCAUGGUUCCCCGCAUUCGGACGAGGCAGGCUUUGGGGAGCACCACAAGGACAUUUUAGGAAUAAAACAGAAAACGUCUUCGCGUCGAAAUGCAUGGGGCAACCUAUCGUACGCUGACCUAAUUACGAAAGCUAUUCAAAGCUCACCUGAGCAGCGUUUAACACUGUCCCAGAUUUACGACUGGAUGGUGCAGAAUGUCCCCUAUUUUAAGGAUAAAGGGGAUAACACAAGCUCGGCGGGUUGGAAGAAUUCCAUCCGGCACAACCUGUCCCUACACAGCCGCUUCAUGAGGAUACAGAAUGAGGGCACAGGCAAGAGUUCCUGGUGGGUCAUCAACCCAGAUGCGAAACCCGGGAAAGCGCCGCGUCGCCGAGCGGGAAGUAUGGAGACCAAGCAGCUGGAUAAAAAACGUGGAAGAAUCAAAAAGAAAAUCGAGGCUAUACGCGCCGCUCAGGAAAACGGUUCUAUGUCGAGUGAGGAUUUCCAGGACUUACACUAUGGGUUUACCUUGAGUCCUGAAUUCAGGACCCGGGUGGGAAGCAAUGCCAGUAGCUGCGGGCGACUGUCGCCCAUCCAGGCGGCCGUGGAGCCCGACCUACACGAGAGUCAGGUGCCUCCCAUGUCUCCUAUACCCUGGGGCCAGGAGGUGGACGACUUCCAUACAAACAACAGCAAUGAGGGCUACUCACUGGUGGACUCAUUAGUAGGGGGGCUGAAUAUCGCAGAACAAGCAAAUCAACAAAGUCUUUCUGAUGAUGGCAAUGACAUAGACAUGGUCAGUAACAGUACGCUGAAGCAGCAGCUCCUCUCUGGGGGCUCCAUACUUCGGUUUAACUCUCAGAACAAUUAUGAUAAUCAAGUGUAUACCAACCUCCCAGCCCCACCCCCCUACAACGGGAGCAUGAAGCAGCAGCAUCAGGCUUCAGUAUUAGGGAUGGACUCGAUAGGGUCUCAGAGUAGGGGCUACAGCAGGAGCAUGUCGCCCAGCCAGAUGUAUCAGGACAGUAUCAUGUCUCCCCAGCGGCAGAUGCUUCCCAAUCGAAACAUGGCGAGUCCAGUGUCCAAUAAUCUUCUAGUGAACACCCAGCACUCCCCUGCUAGAUCUCCUCAGCAGAGCCCGAGCUACUCACCCCACAGCUAUCACAGCCAAUGUCAAUCUCCGCAGCCAAUCAAGCGGUCACCGCAGUCGGUCCCCAAUCAGGUGUCAAUGAACCAGGGUGGGAUGAGUCCAGCCCACCAGCAGCAGCAGCAUCAGCAACAACAGCAGCCUGUGAACACCAGCGCCAACCGAUCUCUCUUACAGCAGUGCCUCGAGGCACCUAAUGACUCGAUGCUGCGGGCAGCGCUUACGCAGCAAAUGGGCUCGGCCUACCACCCAUCACAGUUUGCCCAGUUCUCGACGUAUAAUGUGAACAAUAACCUGAUGAUGCCACAGACAACAAUGGACCAGUAUGCUCAACAAUCGCCUAUGAACUCACUAAUGAUGCAGCAGCAGAAUGAAGGCUCGGGCACGAAUCUGGAGCUGAUUGACACCAAUAGCAUGCUUGACCUUGAUUACGAUGUUGAACAGUUGCUGCGUCACGAGUUGGCCAUGGAUUCGAAUCUGGAUUUCAACUUUGAUGCCACCCCUUCUCAAAAUGGAGCUACCUCGGAAAAUCAAAAUUUAGUACGGUAAUGACAGUGGGUUCUAGUUCUAGACGCACUAUGAAGGCCGUUAAUGAUUCGUGUCAGAGCUGCCAUGAUUUCUGAUUCUGGCAUGAUCUCAAACUGAAGAUUUAUUGUUGUGAUUAGUAGUUGGGUGCUGGAUUGUUUGACAUGAAAUACACUAAAGAAUGUUUCAUUGAUGUGAUGCUUGGAAUAAGUAGUAGACCAGUUUUGAAUCAAAAGGUAUUUGGGGAAUUGUAUCGGUGUUGAGUUUGAAGUACAGAUUUGUUGAAAACAAAGUUUUACUGGUGAACAAGAUUUUUCCAGUGAACAAGUGUUUGAACUUUUGCAAAAAAUAGACAUGUGAUUAAUGAUAGACUGAGUGAUAAUGUGAAUUAAAAAUAAGAAGAUUGUUAAGUUUACUUUGCUACCUGUCAGUAGUUAUGUUAAAGAUACUAUAGUUUUAUCAUGAUUUUAAAUCAUAAAGUUAUUUCACCAGUGCUUGUGCAAUCUUUGCUGUGAAGCUAUGUAUCCGGUGUAGUUAAAAGUGAAAAUUUUAAUCAUCGUUAGGAGUGCUUGCAAGUGUUUCUAAGUUAUAAUGCUGAGACAUUAAACCAGAAACUUACUUAAGACGCAUUGCAUGAGGAAUGACAGGGCAACACUGAAGACGUUUUCCUAUUCAGUCGCAUUGUUUGGGCUACUAUUGCCUUUACUUUAUGGAUUGACCUUUGAUGUUAAAAAGCUUCAAUACUUUUUAAGUGAGUGCUUUAAGUUUAUAGUAUUUCAGCAGGUGUGACAUUUCAUUUUAGGAGAAAAGUUCAGCUCAGAAAAUGAGAGUCAUUUUCAUAGUGAGAAAUUUUGAUAAAAAAUGAACAAUAAAUCAUAUAGGGAAAAGUGUAGGCGUUUGAAUCUUGUAACACAGUGAUGUUAAAAGUGCAGCAAUAUGUGUGCGAGUACAAAUUCUGCACAUGUAGCGGAAUAGAAUUAUGGCAAGCUGUGGUUGUGUUUUGUGCAAACAUUUCUCCACGGUUGGCUGUCGCUAAAAAUGUCAGGUCAUAUCAUGUGUGAAUAAAGCUUUUGUACAAAGCGUUGAAUACAAGUACCUGUUUAUAUGCCAAUCAUCUGUGCACUCAUUGUAAUUGGCCGCCGUCACACGUUUUGAGUAUUUGGCAGCUUUAUCUUUUCCAGUGCUGGAACUGAAUUUUGAAGGCCUUUGCAAACCGUUUGGAUCUAAAUGAGACGCCACAAAUGGCGUCUCAUCCGGAUCCAAACUAUUUGCUAUUCUGAUAAUAUUCUUUGAAAAAAAUCGAAGAAAAUGCUAAUUUUAGAAAUUCAGCAAACAACAUUUUAGCAGACGACAAAUUUCCCAGCAUGCAAGGGUUAUGAUUUUCCACUGAAAGACUUCCUCUCAGAAUGAACUGACCUUCAAGACUCGCAGAUUUUUUAUUUUGCCAAUAGCAAUACAUAUGAUUAUAUGUGUGUAGGGAUGUAAGGGCGCCAAUGUUUCUGUGCCAAUUAUUGUGUAUACUUCAAUUGCUGGUAAAAUUUGGCAGGAGUUGGAGACAGUGAAUAUUUAUUUGACACCCUUCUUGAUUUUCAUCCCACAGCCCUUGUUUGAAACUUACAGUUUUUGGCAACAAUGGACAUGUAUGUUAGGCUUAAGUUAUCAUGAAUCUAGUUUCUUAUUUCAUUUGUUUGAGAUUUUAAAAGUGUUAUGUUGUUAAAUGAUAUGUUUGUGCUGCUCUAUAUUUUUAAUGCUGAAUGUGAUUUGAUUCUGUGCUACUAUUUUACUAUAAAUAGUUUAAAGUUUAUAACGCUUUGUUUUAAACAUCAUUAUUUUGGAUAUGAUUAUAAAGUUCUUUACAUAGUUUUAAGUAAUGUCCUCAGAGCAUUAAGUGUUGUUAUUUUCUAUUGGUAUUGGUCAAUUUGCAUGAUCUUUCAGUAGUCCAGAGUCACAUCUGUUUCUUUUCUGUUGUUUAUAGCUCACCUAAGCACAACAUCAUGAUGAGCUUUUGUGAUCACCUUUUGUCUGUUGUUUGUAUCCUUCACUCGUCUUCAAUAUUUACUUUAUACAUGAACACUUUAGAAUCCUUAUAUAUUGCCCAAUCUUUAUGAAACUUGUUCACAACAUAUGUCCUAAUUAUAAUUUAAUUGAUUAUGUUAACAAUUGAUAUUUUUGUGCUUAGCAAAUAAGACUCUCUUGUAAUUGUUAUAUGUGACAAUUAAAACUACAUUGUACUCAUGUAUUAUUUGAAUAUGAUAAUAGUAAAUAUAUCAAUUUAAGAGAAUUUCACAUUUAAAUUUCACAUUCUUAGUAAUUUCUUGUUGUUUUUGCAGGUGUAUAAUAGUAGAUCAUGCUGGUUGUCAGUAUAGUGACAUGUAUGUGCAGAUUCAAUUAUAUAGUCGUCAUUUUGCAGAUAAAUCAAAACAGAAUUUUCUCAGUUCUUAAGCUUUGUUUCCAAAAAUCAUAUCAUGCUGUUUGAACUUGUAUAUUAUUGGUUGGAAUCUUCCAUGCUUUCAAGAUGUAUUAACCCUUUUAGCGCUGGAACCGAAUUUUAAAGGCCUUUGCAAACAGUUUGGAUCAAGAUCAGACGCAACAAAACGUGGCGUCUGAUCUUGAUCCAAACUGUUUGCUAUUCUAAUAGUGGUCUUUGAAAAAAAGUGAAGAAAAUGAUGAUUUUUAGAAAUUCAGCUGACACCAAUUUAGCAGAUGACAAAUAUUCCAGCAUGCAUAGGGUUAAAUGGCAUUUUAGCAUUUGUGUUACAUGAGAUUGUAAACUGACCUCUUUUCAACUAGUAACAAUAGAACUAAUUGUUAUGCAUGCCAAUUAAUGCACCUUCAGGGACAUUUUUUGCUGGAAACAUUAAAAUGUAAUUAGAGAACGGUGAAAAGGAUUAGGUUUGAGUAUAUGCGAAUAAUGAUGUCAGUAUGGUUUUCAAAUUCAUAAUAAUUUGUUAAAAAUAAACAAACUGACACCAGAAGGUUGCCGGUAUAUAUUAUUUCCAGUCUUUAGAAAAACUGAUUCAUUAAAGUGCUUAACAUAGACCUGACAAGCACAGUUAUUUCAAACAACUGUAAUAAUUAGUUUUUAACAGUUUAUAUUAUGAUGUAUGACUGUUUAAAGUUAUAUUGCAUUCAUCUGUUUAACCCUUUCCCUCUUAGAAGCAAAGUGAAAAUGGCUAUACGCAAACAGCAUAAAACCAGAACAGCCUGUGAGUAACUGGCAGUCUGUUCAGGUUGAAUGCCGUUUGCUGCUCAUCAGUAUCUAUGGGUUGGAAAUGAAGCCUUUAAAAUUUGAAUUUAAUAAGAAUGGUCUAUAAUGAAAUUUAACUUUCUGAGGGACUGAAAAUAUGUAAAAAUACGCAUCUUAGUUGUAAAGGGUUAAAGGUCCAUGUAACAUUUCAUAUGUCUUAAUUUCUUAAAUGCUAAUUUUCAGUCUACCUUUUGGUCUAUUAUGUGGUUCAGUCUGUCAGGUACUUGAUUGACAUUAACCUUUAAAUCCACUUGUCUAGCAGGACUAGUGCCCUUACAUUUCAUUGUAUAGUACAGGUACAUGUAGGUCUAGUGGCCUUAUAUUUCAUUUGUUCUGAUUUACAAGUCUCUAAGCCUGACCUUAUGUUGGUAACAUAAUUAGUCAGUCUUCUGUAAUUUCAUAGCACACUUAGUAGCAAGAAGUGUGUCUUCAUAUGUUGUCUUAAAUCUUUCAGUAUAAUUAACACAAACUAAUUAUGUAAAAUGACUGACAUUGUAAACUUUCAAUCCGCAACUGGUUUGCCACCAUAAUGUUUUGUAAAUAAAUUCCAGCCAAAUUAUGGGAUUAUGAGAUUUCAAAGAUUAUUAGAGAGAAAAAGACCUUGAAUUUGUUCAGUUGACCUGACUUUAAUUUACAAAGGCUUCAACAUCUUUUCCACAUUUAUACAUGUAUGCCAGUAUAUUUUGUACUUUCAUAAACACGUUUACUUACAUGAACAGGUUACAUUACCUUCUUGCAUCCUACUUAUUUAUUUUUUAAAGAAUGAUGCACUCAUUUUUUUAUCUCAGGCCAAAAAUUAAUUCUCAUUUAUUUUUUAUAAAGUUUGUACAAUUUACGUUUUAGCUGUAUCACAAAGUUUGUUGUUAUGAAUAGGAAAAAAUUCACAUGUUGCAACCAGAUUUUUAGGUAAAUGUGUAAAGCAUUGAACACUUUUAAAGUUUGUUGCAAUAGAAUUCCUUUUGGAAACUGUGAAAAUAUAUUUUGUUGGAAAUUUAUGCUACGUGUAUAAAGCAUUAUUAAGACAUUUGAAAACGAAUCUUGGUUUUAAUGAAUUUUAUAUUUAUUUUGUUAAAUAACUUCAAAACUCUGCUAAUAAUAAUAAUAAGUCAAAGACUAGGUUAAUAAACACUACGUAGAGCCCCAACUCCUUAUGAGUUUUGACACAUACACAAAUUGCAGACAUUAAUAAAUUCCCAAAUGUGCUUUGAUGUGUGAUUAUUCCUCUCAUGUGGAGUGUAUUCAGACGUAGCAUUCUGUACAUCUGUCUGGCAAUGAAUGGAGUAAAUGAGGAGUAUUGAUCAAAAUCAAUAUCUCCACCCACUGUUAGUGGCACUUGGUGAAUAUGACAAGGAUGGGCAAGAUUAAAAUCAAAUUGAACACAUUUAAAACAAAACAAAAAUAGUUUUGGCAAAAUAUUUUGUACUACUGUGGUUUUUAGUUUCUGGUUUUUUUUUCCAAACGCUUGAAAGCAUCUUCUGCGCUUGACUAUAUUAGCCCAUAUAAAUUCCAUAUGACAGGUCAGUUGACUUGGAAAGGUCUUGUCCAAGAGAAGACAUUUUUCGAAUAAUAUGACUCCGGAGGUCAAUGUACAAAAUGUUAUACUAGUAUAAGUGGAAACAAAUUAUGUUUAUUGCUAUUAUAUUUACAUGUAUCAUCUAAAUAAAGUAAACAUUUCCUUUAAACAUACACAUACAUACUGGCAUCUGUUCCUGAAUGGUGACGUCAUGUUUUAACAGUUGUUUUGAUGUGUGAUUGUUGCAUGCAAAAAGUGAGGGCAAGACGGAGCUGCAAAUUCAAAUGUCAAUAAGGGAGAGUCAUCCAGACAGUUAAAAACAAACAUCAUCAUGUUAUGGCUGUAUAGACCUUCAGCAUGCAAGUUACAUUUUGCUAAUAGAAAAUACUAUUUUCAUGGCACUUUGAGACCAAACAAUCGCGGUUAUGCUAUGGACAUACGAUUGUUGUUUUACAUUAUGGAACAUACCUUGACAUUAUGCUAUGGACUUGCGUGGAAAUUUUGCUUUGAAACAUACAUUUGGCAUAGUGCUGUAGAACAUGACUGUAAUCCCCAAUAUUCUUUAGAACAUGCAACCACCAUCACGCUAUGGAACUCAUGCCACACAUACCACUGAAGGAUUUAAAACCAUGACUUCUUUGGUUAAAGCCUGUAUAUGGCCAUUAACAGCCUAGGAAUAUUUUAACAAUAUACACAAGCCAGGUCCAUUUAACAAUUAACCCAUUUAUGCCUAGCGUCUAGAAAAAAGGCCUUGGCAAACAGCGUAGACCCAGAUGAGACGCUGCAUGAUGGAUCAUCAGGGUCUGCGCUGUUUGCUUAAAGGAAUUUCUGUAAGAAAUAUUAUAAAUAGAAAUAAAUAAACUAGACAUCCCUAAUUUUGGAAAUAAAUUGAUCCAAUUUAGAAGGAUGGGAGAGUCCACUCGGCAUAAAUGGGUUAAGCAAGCUCUAGAUCUCUGACAGGCAAUACAUAUAUCACAUAGCGAGUAAUGUCAGUGAUCUGUUAUAAGUCCUCUCGACUUAAUUAUGUUUUAACCAUACAUUGACCUUUGUCAUUUUAAUUUGACAGUUUGUUCAGUUCCUUUGUCAUUUUAAUUUGACAGUUUUUUCUGUUUCUUUGAUAUUCUUCUGUUGGUUUACUUCAAGCCAUAAGGAUUGGAAACCAACAAGCUUUGUUUUAGUUGUGCCACUCAGAUCUAUACAAGUUAGAAUGGAAUGAGUUUUUCAAGUUAAUACAGUCAUUUCAUCCCAAUAAAGUAAAACAAAAGGUAUUUGCUUGGUAUUAAUGUUAGUGUUAUUGAUUAACAAUAAGUAGUUGAUAAAAAUUGUGUUAUGUACAAGUGCCAAAUAAAACAACAACAGGAGAACAGACUUUACAUUGUUAAAAUAUUUUAUCAUGUGACCCGGUACUUAUUAUUCUUGUUAAUGAUUGUUCAACAGUGAUGUUGUUUUCUUUAAAUAAAUAUAAUUUUAUCAAAUUUUAUCGAUUCCUUUUUUUUUUUAAAGCCAAAAGACAAAACAUUGGUGCACCAUUAUAUAAUAAUACAGAUAUACAAGGUUUGUUAGGGUUAAAGUGUGUAUGAUAAAUUUAUUUUAUUUGUGUUGAAAUAGCUUUUGUGUGAUACUUGUCAUGGAGUGCAUAUAUUUGAUGUUAAAUUUGACAUAUAUAUAGGAUCUGGCACGAGUUGUCAUAUCAUACCAUAUUUUAUUAAAAGAGUUAAGGAAUUUAGUUAGUAAGCGAGCCUUUGGCGAGCUUACUAACGAAUUUCCUGGACGAGUUUAAUAAAAUAUGGUAUGAUGUGACAACGAGUGUCAGAUCUUUUUUUAUCACAUGCUUUUAAAUGAGAAAUUAAAUAAAUAUUUAAGCAAACAUAAUGAUAAAUCCCAAAUGUUGUUUACAUUUCUUGACGUCAUUUGACGUUGCAACGUCAUUUCAGCAAAAUAACAACAUGCUAUUGGUCAAUAAACGAAAACUAAGCCAAUGAAAACGCUUACAAAUGUUGUAUUACACGUGUGUAAUAUAAAAAAAUAUGUAAUGGUUGUAUUACAUGGGAAAAAAGGUAAAGCAUGUGAUAAAUGUAUAGACAUGCUAGACUUAAUUGUCAAAGUGUUAAAAAAAUUAUUAACAUUUAAUGUUGAUUUGAAAAAGGAAGACUAAAUAUUAACACAUACGUUUCUUUCAAGAAUUUCAGCUCUGAAAAUCAGGUUCUUGAUGUACGGUAAGAGGAAACAAAGCCAGUACCAAUGACUUACCUAAAUUCUUUACGUUCAAUACAUGAAUGUCCCUGGCCACCCAUCAGUCUUGCUUGUUCUUUCUUCUGUGCUGAUUCCAUUUCAAGUACCAAGCUUGAUUUCAUUUGACCCGUAAACAGCAUUCGAAUGUCUCUUUAGUCAAAACUACAUUUAUCCUUAAAAGAUGUAAAUUCAAACUAUACUUUACAAUUUGUCCCAAUUUUCAAGAGUCUAGUAACACAGGAGCGCAGGUCAUCACAUAAUGUAGGUGUAAGGCGUAGAAUGACCUUGAAUCCCACAAUGUUAGGUUCUGUGGACAACACAAGACCAUAGACCAUAUAAGGAUUAAAACUAUCUUUCCACCCUCAUCAUCAUGGAAAUGCAUGAAGUCUUUAUUUGGUAUAUUUGAUUUUAUUAAGCUUGUUUGUGAUUUGGUUGGGUACAUGUUGUAAUGCUAGGUUAAUCUGUUAUUGUCCCCUACCGGUGAAACCAGAGGGGACUUAUGGUUGCACUCCGUCUGUCUGUCAGUCAGUCAGUCUGUCACACUUUUCUGGAUUCUGCGAUAACUUAAAAAGUUCUUCAUAUUUUUUCAUGAAACUUGAAGAAUGGAUAGAUGGCAAUAUGGAGAUUAUGCACGUCAUUUCAUUUUGUUCCUACGUCAAGAAUUCUGGUUGCUAUGGAAACAACAAACAAAAAUUCUGACAAUCGUAGAGUUUCACUGGUAGGGGACAAUAUUGCUUCGCAAUCUCUUGUUUUACAUACAGCAUUAUUUUAGUUUUAUUUCUUGUAUUUAUUAUUUUGAUUUUAUUCCUUUAUUCGCUAUUUUGGGGAAAUUAUAAUGUUUAAGACAUCAUUUAAUAUUUUAUACUUGGACUAGAACUUAAAAAAGAAUUGUGUCUUUUGGCAUUAAAGUAGAUUUUUCGAGAGUCCAAUAUUACAAAUAAUUAAAAUAUUGUCAGUGUUAUUACUUAUCAUAGAUAAUAGAACUAAUUAGUUAUCAAUGCUAGUUGUUUUCAUUAUGUAAUGUUGUUAUGUAUGGCAUGUCUUUAUUAUUGACAAUAAAUGUUGUUACCAUAAACAUGUUAAUUGUUUUUAAUUAAUGGGACAGUUACUAUAUAAAAUAAUAAUAUUGUGUUUGCAUUUCUCUAUUUCAAUUAUUGUUAUCAUUUUAUGAUUGCUGAAGUAAUUUUUACUCAGGAUUUUUUUGUAUGGUAAAACCUGAGGUUAAACAUAAAAGAAUCACAUUUUGUUUUGAAUGGAAAUAAUUUGUGUUGUUAUACUGAAAUGGCAAAUUUUGUGUUUUCAUUUUGUCAUUUAUGAACAUUCACUAUUGGCAUUUGAUUAUGUAUGUAUAUAAUUUACUUUAACUUCAUUUAGAUGUACAUGUGUUAAAUUUUGAGUAUAUAUAUUUGUAAUAAAUGUAAAGAAGGACUCGUUGAAUUUGAUGUACAUUUUAUGAUGAUCAUAUUUCAUGCUAAAUUUGAUCCCAUUUUCAAAGACGGAUAUUCAUUAUUUGAAUAUCUACCGGUAUUUGGGUCAACAGCCUAUGUUAGACUGAUUGCUUGACAGGCUUAUAAAUAGAUCCCACUUUGAAAUACUGAAUUGCUAAUUUGAAUUUUAUACUGUCUAGGUAAAAGUUAAUGAAUUCUCUUAUUGCAUUUCGAUGGUUUAAACAUAGUACAUGCUUCAAACGAUGUUUUAAUCUCUUUCAUUUCUCGAUGCUAAAGGAAAUAUCUUUUUUUACUGAAGACAUUAUUAACAAAAGAGUAUUGUGUAUUUAAAUUGAUGGCAUGAUUUUGUGGAGGAAUCAUAUAGAAGCAAUACAUGUAUUAUAUGUAAUAUAACCAUUGACCUCAAAUGUUGCAAUUAGAAUAUGUAACUGGUUUUGGGCAUAUUUGUCAAUUGUAUACCUGCUCUAAUAACUGUUUGCCAUAAAAGUUAAAAAUGGCAAAUACAAAUGUGUACUUAAUGGCUUAGCCGCUGGUACGUGUAUAUUCUAGUAGCCACUGGUUUUGUAUUAUUGAUUACUAGUAGCUUCAGGAAAGAAUAACGGCCACAUGUGAAUCAAACAUAGUGUAAAUAUACAAACGGUCUCGAGGAAAACUAGGCUUAAUUCAUGUGUAUUAUGGAUCAUCCUAGAAAAGCCUGUGCAUUUUUAUAGGCUAAUCAGGGAGGGCAUUUUCCGCUUUUAUAUAAAAUAAUAAGGGAAGGCUUUCCUUCAAACAAAACUCAAGUUAAGGGGGAAAGUGCUGUGGGACAGGCUAAUCUGAGAUAAUACUGUACUCAUUUUCAUUAAGCCCAUUUUUACACAGAGACCGCCUAAAGUACAAAUGGAAUUGUGGGCAUUUUGAGACUACUGCUUUAAAUUUUGCUGAGAUUUUGCUCUGGGUAAACGGGUUUACAUUCAUGUGCGUAAAGUGUUAUCCCAGAGAGAACACAUACGCUUCUAAUGCAUUUUAUUGCGAUUUACCCCCAUUCAUAAAGCCUAGUUUUCCCAGAACGAGGUUCAAAUGAAAGCAGUUUGAGUAAUGGGCAUGCUUCACCAUUACAUGUUGCUAGUUGCAGUUAAUUUGCUGAGUGAUAAUUGCACAGUUUCAUUAAAAUUCAUUUGAGCCGCACUUUGUGAAAAGGGGGUUUAAUGCAUGUGCGUAAAGCAGUCCGCACAGGCUAAUCAUAAUCAGGGAGCAAACUUCGCUUUUAUAUUUUUAUUGGUUUGCAGAAAGUCUCUUCUUAGCAAAAAUCCUGUUAAUGCGGAAAGUGUUGCCCCUGAUUAGCCUGUGCGGACUGCACAGGCUUAUAUGUGACGACACUUUAGGCAGAUGCAUUAAACCCCCUUUUCACAAAGUGUGGCUCAUCUAUUUUUUUAUGUCGAUUACAUGUCAUAGUGCUUGAUAAGUAUUUAUAAUGCAGUAAGCAUAAUGCUUAUCUGAUAUAGAUAUUUUUAACAAAUCAGAUUUCCUUGUUUUUCUGAAAUUUUAAUACAUGAAUUAGAUGAAUUAGUUUCACUGUAUAAGGCACAUAGGAGUGAAAACUGAUAUCUGUUAUCAAUGCAGCAUUACCACAGAAAAUGUUAACUAAUAGAGAUUUCAUAAAAACUGUAUUGGAAAUUGACAAGCAAUUCAUUUUCAAUGGUUGGUAGCAUGAUAAAGAAAUGUCAAUCGCAUAAGGAUCUAAAUAAAGACCUCACUUAGUAAUUCACAUGCUUGGGAGCAUGUUCAAGACCCCUAUACAAUUAUAAUGAUAGGAGAUUUGAAAAUAAUUUUUUAUGGGUUGCACAUUGCCCAGAAUGGAACAGGAAGAUUAUAGAAGCUAAUGCAGUGUUUGCAUUACAAAAUGAAUCACUUUAUUUGGUACUUGUAUGGUGAAACAUGUUAGACUCUAAGCCAUGACAAGUUGAGAUGAUUUUCAUGUAACUGAUGUUAGUUUGUUCUAAAUUUACAUAUUGCUGAAAGGAAUUCUGUCGUUUUAUUUUAAAACAUAAAUUAUUAUGGAUAUCUUUUUGUAACUUGAACCCAUUUAUGCCUAGCGUCUAGUAAAAAGGCCUUGGCAAGCAGCGUAGACCCAGAUGAGACGCCGCAUGACGCGGUGUCUCUCAUCAGGGUCUGCGCUGUUUGGUUAAUAGAAUUUCUGUAAGAAAAAUUCUAAAUAUAGAAAUAAAUAUACUAGACAUCCCUAAUUGUGGAAAUACAUUGAUCCAAUUUAGAAGGAUGGGAGAGUCCACUUGGCAUAAAUGGGUUAAGGCCAUUCUUCUAUUUGACAAUUCUGUAGGCAUAUCUGACAUUAUGAGUGAGGUGUGAUGGUAACAAUACAAGGCCUGAAUUUGGUAAUAAAAGACCAAAAAGUAAUGCCUUAAUCUUCUUAUAAUAGACUUCUAUUUUAUUAGCAAGACUGUUUUCAGGGAAAAACCCAAGCUAUUGUCAUAGCCAGCUCGUCUGCCGUCCGCCGUAGGCGUCGUGCUGAAACCUUAACAUUGGCUCUAAAAUCAAAGUGCUUCCACCUACAACUCUGAAACUUCAUAUGUAGAUGCACCUUGAUGAGUUCUACACGCCACACCCAUUUUUGGGUCACUAGGUCAAAGGUCAAGGUCACUGUGACCUCAUAUAUCAAACUUUAACAUAGGCUCUAAAAUCAAAGUGCUUCCACAUACAACUUUGAAACUUCAUAUGUAGAUGCACCUUGAUGAGUUCUACACGCCACACCAAUUUUGGGUUACUAGGUCAAAGGUCAAGGUCACUGUGACCUCUAAAAAAAAAAAAAAAAUCUGACAAGCUUUCGCAGCCAAGCGUGG